CCUCCAGCUCUCCAGUCUCUAUGGUACCAACUUCCGGCGCGCGCUACCCCUCGCGAGACUUCGGCGGCGCAGCAAUGGCCAGACCAUGCCGCGUCACUGCUCCGCUGCCGGCUGCUGCACACGGGACACGCGCGAGACGCGCAACCGCGGCAUCUCCUUCCACAGACUUCCCAAGAAGGACAACCCGAGGCGAGGCUUGUGGCUGGCCAACUGCCAGCGGCUGGACCCCAGCGGCCAGGGCCUGUGGGACCCGGCAUCCGAGUACAUCUACUUCUGCUCCAAACACUUUGAGGAGAACUGCUUUGAGCUGGUGGGAAUCAGCGGGUAUCACAGGCUAAAGGAGGGGGCAGUCCCCACCAUAUUUGAGUCUUUCUCCAAAUUGCGCCGGACAGCCAAAACCAAAGGACACAAUUAUCCACCUGGCCCCCCUGAAGUCAGCCGGCUCAGACGAUGCAGGAAGCGCUGCUCCGAAGGCCGAGGGCCCACAACUCCAUUUUCUCCACCUCCACCUGCUGAUGUCACCUGCUUUCCUGUGGAAGAGGCCUCAGCACCUGCCACUUUGCCGGCCUCCCCAGCGGGGAGGCUGGAGCCUGGCCUUAGCAGCCCCUUUUCAGACCUACUGGGCCCCCUGGGUGCCCAGGCAGAUGAAGCAGGCUGCAGUGCCCAGCCUUCGCCAGAGCGGCAGCCCUCCCCUCUGGAGCCACGGCCAGUCUCCCCCUCAGCCUAUAUGCUGCGCCUGCCUCCACCCGCUGGAGCCUACAUCCAGAAUGAACACAGCUACCAGGUGGGCAGCGCCUUACUCUGGAAGCGGCGAGCUGAGGCAGCCCUUGAUGCCCUUGACAAGGCCCAGCGCCAGCUGCAGGCCUGCAAGCGGCGGGAGCAGCGGCUGCGGCUGAGACUAACCAAACUGCAGCAGGAGCGGGCACGGGAGAAGAGGGCACAGGCGGAUGCCCGCCAGACUCUGAAGGAGCACGUGCAGGACUUUGCCAUGCAGCUGAGCAGCAGCAUGGCCUAAGGGAGGUGCCGCCAGACUGACUGAGGGGAUGCCCAGCAAGGCUGCUGCCUCUCCCUCCCUCAGAUCCCACCAGGUGCCAUAAUAAAGCGGAUUCUAGACA